AUAAUCAGAAACAUCACCUGAGUCAGGUGUGGCUGAUGUCAUGUUCAAGGUCGUGUUUUCGGGCGGCUGUCGGGCCACCUUUGGAUCUCUGCAGCUGUUCAGCCGGGGGAGGAGGAGAUCCAGCACGGCAGACCGCUCCAGAAGAGGAGGAAGUGGCCGACGCUCGGAUCUCAGCAGCAGUGAUGAAAACGGUCUGGAGCUGCCCGAGAACACGACCUUACUGUGGAGGCCAGUCGCUUUGUUUUUCAUUGGACCGUUCCGGGAACUUUCUGGAAGCGCCCUCCUGGGAUGUUGACUGGUUACCAGGAGCGCUGCACAAUCAGAGUCAGGCAGGAGUUUUGUUUCUGUGUUUAAUGAAAGUUCAUCAAGUUAAACUUGUUUCCAUCCUCAGUGCCACAGAGUGUUUUCUUUCUUCUCUUUAAGGAACUAAAAGGGUUCUGCAGGGUUCUGCCGGGUUCUGCAGGGUUCAUCGGGGAUAGUGAACUGAAGCAGGAACAGGCUGUUCCCGGGAAUCCCUCACUGUGAUCACACUCGUGUAAGAUGAUGCUUGUCUGCUUAAAGUGUCCAGAGAAGCCUUUAAUUAAAAAAACAAAACAAAACACCAAUUUGUGACUGACGCCACUCAAACUGCACUGAGCAGCCAGAUUUCAAAAUAAAAGCUCCAGAGUGAUUUUACGAGUUCUUCACAGUGAUGGAGGGGGGAGGGGAAGGGGGCAACGACUGACUUUACUAAACAUUUUCAGGACAAAUGGUUCCACUCCAGUCUAAUUACACAAACUGGGAGGUCCAACCCUGAACUUCCUGUACUCGGGUGCAGGGUAAAUGAAUUCUUAGACCUCGGCUCCUUCAGUGGAAAGCAGAUUUCCUUGUUGCUGUCAGCGUUAAUCUCGUUAAAAUGACAUUAACGCCAUAACGCGGAAAAUCUCUGUUAACGAGUUACCGCGGAUCGCCCCGUGCGUGGGGCUGGACGGCGUCAACACGUUAACGAGCUAACUGCGCUAACGCACUAGUUCCCACCAAUUGAACAUUGCGUGGCACAUCCGACAUACUGUUUUACUUUUGUCCAUGACGCGCUUACCUUCAGGGUCAUACUUCACAUGAAGACCAAAAUAGUUCCAAAGGCCAGAUCUGAAUGAGGGUGGGGGAGGUUCAAUUUAGGGUAGCUUUUGAGCCAGUUGCCAUGUUGCAACGAGCUUAGCUUCUGUCUUGCUAGCUUGCGCUGCGCUCAGUGGAUCUGCGCUCGACAGUGCAGCCUAGGCGGAGUAGUCGAACGCAGAUCCACUGAGCUCUCAGCACAGACAGCAUCGUCAGAAGAAAAGUUGAUAAAAUAAAUAAAAGAUUUUGUAUUGUUCGAUACAUAUGCGUACCGAACCGAAAGCACUGUAUCGAACGGUUCAAUAUCGAUACGAGUAUUGUUGCACCCCUACUGUCUACACCCAAACACCAAUCAUAUCUUUGCACCUGGAGCAGGAGUGGGCACCUACAGCCUCUUUUCUGCUUUUAUGUUUUUCGAUUGCACAUGUCCUACACUUACCACUGAGCCUGAAUGCCUCAUACAUCUUACAUGAAGCUUAACACCUGAGUUGUCACCUGUGGUGAUGUUUGGCUGGUGUCCUGUAAUCAGCAGCUGAGCUGCUCGGGGCAGUUUGACAAACUGUAGCUCAGGUGAGAAUGGCCCCGCCUCCUGCACCUGUCAUGUUCAUAUCACAGGAACCAUCUGAGGGUGGGUGUGGUUACCUGUCAGCCUCCAUCACUCUGCUGGUAUUUCAGAUAUUUAAAGAUUCUUAUCAUGGGAAAAACACAAAUGUAAAGUGUAAUCAGAUUACUCUGAAUUGCAGGGUUACAUGGCGUUACGCCGGUGUUCGUCACUUAUAAGACAGUAAAGUUGGUGCCUUCAUUUUAUUUAAAUCCUGAUGGCGACUUCCUGCUCUGAGGACGUCGUUUCCAUAUGAAAAACAGAUGCGAGCACCAGACGCCAUCGAAGCUGCUGCAGGUCUGUGGUCAUGGCGUGCGCCAACUGAAGCCUCGGUGAGUAAAACAGGUUUGGCGAGUAUGUCCUGUUUAAAAGAAGCCAGGUGUUACAAAUACAAGUUACAAAUGAGAGGGCGUGUAACAGUGCCCUCAGCAGGCUUCCAGAAAUUAACCAAUCAGAAGCUGGAUUCCUGUUACAGCAGCCAAAAUAAUAAGUACAGCUGCGGUCAACUAUGUGAGAAACCCCGGAGCACGAUGACCGUGCUGCGCUGUGCCGAUGGGUUAGUAGACCCUGGAGGUUUUACACCAGUGUAACCAGUAAACUGUGUGUAGAGUAACCCCGACCUGCUGAAUCUGAGCUGCUGUGAUCUACACAGAUUUAUUUGGGCCAGCUGUUUAAGCUUUUUAACUUAUUAUUGACGAGGAACCAAAUGUGUGUGUUUACAUCUGUGUGACAGGACGAGGAAGCGUCUGCUGCUCUGUGAGAGGUCAGUCUGAUGUCACAUGACACGGUCAUUUACAUAACCAGGCCAUUCAACUUAUCAUUAAUAAUAAUAAUAGAGAGGCAGGUCCAUUCUAAUGAUGAGAGGACUUUUAAAGGCCCGCAGGUGUUUCAUGUAUUUCUACUGACCGUGACGUUAUUUUGAUGAGUCUAGCGUCCUCGCUCGGGGGGGCGGAGCUGUUCUGAUUGUUUUAAAAACUCUGUUCGUGUUUCGCUCUUUUCUCUGUCGUUUUGUGUGAAUUUGCUGAAGGAGGAACAAUAACGACUUAUAUCAUGUUUGAAAAGUGAAACUGAAGCACGUCGAGGGUUUGAUGUCGGGGACGUUCUCAAAUGUAAGUCGCUGCCUGACAGGACCAGACUAACGUUGAAGCACAUUUCUGUCUCCAGCUUUUCAGUGUUAAAGAGGCUGCAGGUCAUGUGACCUCUGUGGUACUGUCAGGUUUUCUUUAGAAAACGUAAAAAAUGCCUUUUGUUUGCUGUCUCGCUGCCGUUUGUCUCCUGGGGGAAAUAAAGUUCAGCAUUGAUUAAAAAGUGUUGUUUUUACUGUGUGAGGACAGGAAGCAGGAACCUGCAGGUUUGGAUUAUAAGUCGUGUUUCAGGCGCUUCACUGUUACGCAGUUUAUGCUGAAAAUGAGGCCGACGGUAAAAACAGAUGGGCUGUAACAGCCAGGUGUGACGCGCCUCACCUUUAUGCCGCAUCAGCGUGGAGCUGCUGGGUUUGUUCCACAGAUACGUUUCACAUAUUCGACUAAACGAGGUCCCUGAAACUGACGGAGCUCUCCUCCUGGCAUCAAACCCAUGGUUGACGUCACGGUGUGACGUACAUCUUUUAUAUACAGUCUCAGGUUUGGAUAGACUUGUUUAUUAACUGUAACUCCACGGGUGGGCGGAGGGAUACAAACCUGGGGUUUAAAGACACGUUGAGUUCGUGCGCGGUUUUGUGUUCAGUAACCGGAUCGCCAGCAGGCACUAUUUCUCUGGUUUUACGGUAAGUUUGUUUCUGUUACUGCGCAGACUCUAUUCUUCUGAAAAUGGGACGGGUGGGUUUGACGGCACAGUGCACGGAGCGUGGCUCCAGGUGUACCUGCACGCUCACUCAUUCCCCUCGGCUGCGGCCGGGAGGUUGGUGCCUGUGAGACAAACACAGCUGUGAGCUCCGUUCCUUCAUCAAGCAGGUGGGAACGUUACACCUGUCCUUUAUUCACGCGCACUCUGACCUACCUGCGAGCUCCUGAUUGGCUGAGAGGAGAGGCGGGCGGCGGCACUCCUCGUUGUCGGAGAUGCUCACCGUCAGAGUCGGUCAGUCUGCCUUUUCUUCCUCUGUGAGGUGUGUGUGUGUGGCGUGAUUUCUCAGACCAUCACGGUGGGAAAGAGCCGCGAGAGCUGCUGUACCUGCGCGGGUGUCACACAGGUAAACGUGCGGUGUGGUUUGGUUUCUUUUCCUCGGCUGAAAAUAUGAAGAAAGCGCAUCUUUACCCGCUGAGCUCAGCUCGGAAAACGGAGCUUAGCAGCACCUGUGCAGGUGUACGCGGCAACAAAGCAGAGUGAUUUUAGCGAGUUUCCAAACAUUCAUGAAGUCUUGGACUGAAGGUUUGAGAGCUCUGCUCAGGUGUUUGUAGUUUCUGUGGAGCGCGCUCAGGUGCAGAGUCUCGGGCCGGUGUUGUGCCAAAAAGUGAUUUCCAGUAUUUAAACUGCUGUGAAGGCUCGUUGACGUUAAACAUUUCAAAUAUAUGCUGAAUGCUUCCUCUUGAGAAUGACAUCAUCUUGAUAAACAGCAUUCCUGUCACAAAGUAGUAGCCGCAGUCAGUUUGCGGCAGUGACUUUUAUCGAUCCUUUAUUUAUCCUGUUGAAGUCUGGGUGACAUUAAAAUGUAUUUUUUAAGAGUCACAGCAGGUCUGCGGACAUAUUUUAAAUAGAUCGGUGGUUUAAAAACAGGUGGUUUUAACAUUUUCUAUAGAAGCUCUUUGCUCCACAGACUUUAGUGAGCAUUACUGUGUAAGUAAAGACAUGACGCGUAAAAAAAACACGCGCAAGGACGGGCAGCGCACUUGAGAGCGCUCGGCGUGUCCCGGUGGGUGUGCGAGACGCAUCCACAGCUUUAGUUCCACAGGAACAUCACAGCUGAGAUGUGAACACGAGCAUGUGUGACGAGUCCUGAAGUUUCCACCCGUUUGUCUCCGAACAGGGAAACGAAGCACGAUGAAGCGCGCGGUCCCCCAGGGAAGUGUUCUGCUGUGGCUGGUGGCGGUCGCGUCUGUGGUCGUUGUCAUCGUCAUCCUGCAGCAGUCCGUCUCGUUUGAAGGUGGUUGGCAGCAUAAAUUACCCAAGGUCAUCAAUUUCUUCCCUCACGAAGCCAAAAUAUCCAGCAAGCGUUCAGCUGGUGUAUGUGGUACUCCAAGAGAGUGUCCUGCACAUGAGAUCAGUUUCUACAUCCACAGCGGAGCCGCCAACGUCGUCCCCCCGGCCAUCUGCGUCCAAAACAAACUGGUUCUGGGAACUGCGCUGAACAACGCUGGAGGAGGAAUAAACAUCGUUAUCCUAAACGGUAAAACGGGAGAAGUCCUGAAGACGGAUCACUAUAACAUGUACAGUGGAGAUGUGAAGCCGUUCAUUGAGCUACUGAAGAGCAUCGAGACAGGCUCCAUCGUUAUAAUGGCGUCCUACGACGAACCCUCAACAAAGUUAAACGACGAGCUCAAGAAUCUGAUUGCUGAACUGGGAAGCUCUCACAUCCACUCGCUGGGAUACAGGGACAACUGGGUGUUUGUUGGUGGCAAAGGAGUAACGGGGAAGAGCACCUUUGAGAAGCACAUGAAGAGCGACUCGGCAACCAACAAAUACGACGGCUGGCCCGAGCUGAUCGGGCUGGAGGGCUGCGUCCCUAAAUUCCCGGAGUGACGGGCGAGGCUGCGGACGCACGGCCGGUGAUUUAGAGACUGAUCUGGGACCAGCAAGUUGUGCAAACCAAAUCCAGGUGAACCCAUCUGCCCUGUUUCUUCUCUGUGUGAGGCUUUCAUGGAAGCUGGACUCUGUCUCCGUCUGCUGCUGGGAAUAAAAAAAAAUCAGGAAAAGACAUUUUAGGUUUCAGAUUUGGCAGCUUUUUAUUGAAGGGUGACGGGAAGCCAGGUGAGCUUUGGAGCUCUGUAAUCAUCUACGUUAGAGAGAAACUCGCCUUUAGAUAAAUCAGUUGAACAGGACAAGCAGGUCUUUCCUGUGAUGACUUCCUGAAGGUUUCUGGCAUCCAGCCUGUCCUGAAGCGCUGCAGGCACCAUCACUUGAACCAGAAUCUCCAGAUUUUAUCUUCGAGUCCUCCCAGAGCAGCUCGGCCGCACCUUCCAGUUUGUUUCUUUAUUUUUUUAAGUGUUGCUUUGAUUUCUAAAGAAUUACAGACUCUGAUAGAGACGGGUGACAUCAAACCAGCCAGGAUCACACACAGGUCUGGGGAUGUUUCUGGACUUUUUUGAAUGUGCAUUUCUAUUUUUAUUGCGUCCUUUCUUGAGUUUAAGGUUAUUACAAAGUGAAUUAGUUGCCGGGCUGUGGGUCUGCACGUGUGGGAUGUUUCUUACCCAUUUUCGGAUUCGUGGUUGUUGGUUUGUUUACAUUAAAAAUGAAAGAAAGCCGAAUGAAGAAGAUGCUGAUGCUUUGACUCCGGAGGAAGACCACGAUUUUGAGGGUAGAUGAAGGUUACCCGGUUCUGCCUGAAGCUUCUUCCUGUUUAAAGGGAGUUUUUCCUUCCUUCUGUCACCAAGUGCUUGCUCAUAGGGGGCUGUCUGAUUGUUGGGUUUAUCUGUUUUCUUGUAGGAUCUUUACUGCACAGGUGUUUGAGGCCACUGUUGUGGGUUGGUACUAUAUAAAUAAAGUUGACUUGAACUGAAGAACAAACUCUCUCAGACGCUUUUAUCUGCGACUCUUUCACGCUGCUGCCUCGGCAAACAGAGAAUUUCACACUUCCUUGAGUCACAUCCUGCAGCAGCAGACUCAUUGUUCAUUGUUUCUUCUUUGUAAGUAAAUGUGACUCGGGGACAAACAUGACGCUGACACGACAGUGAAGCUGAGCACAGUCAUCAGAGCGUCCUGUCCUCACACGUGGACGACAUAGAUUUCAUUUUGAGGAUUGAAGCAGGAGAAAAAGCAUCAAAAAGUAUCAAGCACUUCAUUUUCUGCCUUCUGUUUCAUUUUGGAAAACAAUAGAAUAGCACUUUAUUGUCAUUCUGCGUACAUCAGAAUUAUGGAUGCAAACACAAUAAAUAAGUGUGUGUGUGUGUGUGUGUGUGUGUGUGUGUGUGUGUGUGUGGUGUUUGUUAACAGUCUGAAGAAGCUGUUUGUCCCCAGUUUGUCUUUUCUGCAUGAAAUAAUGGAGGAAAUCAUUUUAUUACUGCACAGAAUAAAGAUCCAGGUGAUGGUUUCAAUAUUCAGGAGCAUAAAGCAGCGAGGCAGUGACCGCCUACCUGCCGGCUUGACGCACCUGCAGACGUGAUUUAUGCUUCAGUUGUGUUUUAUGUUUGCAUGACAGUUGGAGUGUAAAAAGUUGACGGUUCAGUGUGAUCGCCAUCAUUUGUUUAACCUCUGUGGGCAAAGGGUGAAAGAUACAUACGUGAACAGCUCGGGUGUGUUUCAGUGAGAUUUCUAAUUUUUCAAAAAAGUCCCAAAAGAGGAACUGUGUUUUUAUAUUGGAGGUCUGCGAGGGUGGUGCAGGACAUGUAUGAGGACAGAUGGGUUGAAGGUGGGGGUACAUUGGGAGCAGCUCUGAGCCCCCUGCUGUUUGAGACGGAUGAGGUCAGGCAGGAGUCUCUGAGGACACUGUGAUAUGUACUGAGAGCAGGCGUCGGAGAGCCUGUGUGGGUGGAGGCAUGCUCUGAAGAAAAGAGAAAUGAAAGACAGAACACAUGUGUGUGAAUGAGAAGGAGACAGGGGGAGCAGAAGUAGAAGAGUUUAAAUAUCUCGGGUCAACCAUCCAAGGAGAGCUGAGGAAGGCUGCACAGGAUGGAGAUAUUAGAGCAGGGGUGUCAAACUGAAAUGAGCUGUGGGUCGCUGUCGUCUCAUUGGACGGCCACUUUAGUGUUCAAGUAGUACAAAACAAACAAGAAAACCAGAAAUGUUUUGUUUGUUUGUUUACAUUUCAAAUAUUGUAUAACAAGACAAAACCGCAAACGUGAAUGCAGAUUCUUUUUCCUCACUCUUAACUAACUGAAGCCUUUCGUUGAACCACCAAAUAAACACAUGAGUUUGUGACUCUGUCACUGAACUAACAGCAUGUUUGUGCUCUCUGCUCAUUUUGCCUUCAUAUUCAAUCAUUCUUGGCUUUUUAAAGAACUUAUUUUAACAUUUCACUCAACAACAAACAAAUCCUCCCUAACAAUAAAGUCACUUCAAGGACCAAACUGCAUUAUAUUUCUUCAUGUCAGUAUACGGGCUGCGACUUUGAAACCCCUGUAUUAGGCAGAGAAUGAUGAUGAUGGAGCUGCCAGGCAGGAGGAAAAGAGAAAGACCUCAGAGAAGGUUCAUGGCUAUAGUGACGGAGGACAUGCAGAAGGUCAGAUUGACAGAGGAGGAUGCUGGAACAGGAGGAGAUGAUCCUCUGACAAAACCCCUAAAGGGAGCAGCUGAAAGCAAAAGAAGAAGAAAAAGAUUUUUCUCUGUGAUUGUGCAGAUUUUAGAAACAUUACAAAAUGUGGUGUGGCGCCCCACUACAUGGCUCCACUCACACCCAAGCUUGGAGGAG